CCAUUCAUUUGGUAGAUUGUGAAAGAUUAGAGGUGAAUCUUCAAAGGAGAUUGUGUAAAUAUUGGACCUUAGGCUGUUAAGAAUGGUUGUGAGUGUGUCUGCUUGGAGGUAAGGAGAAUGACAAAAUUUCCAUUGGAUUACCUUCUAGAUUUUGUGGUUCCGUUCAGUUCCUGCAAGGGAAACCUAGCAGAGAAAGUUUCUCUAAUUGUGACAUUUGAGCUAAUGACUGGAUAGAAAGCAUUGGCACCUUUCUCUUUCAUAGGGGAACUUUGGUUAUUGUUUUUUUUCCCCCUUCUCUUGAUCAUCUUCUUUCUCAAUUCUGAGCUUCAAAUAUUGGACUGAAGAGGAGUGGAAAGACAAGGGGAUGUUGGAUUUGUAAUCCAAAUUUCCUGGCCUGGAAAUGACUUGGAUAGCCUUGAAGAGAUGGCACCCCUCUUUGCAUCAAUGACUUUCCUGUCUAUUUGGUGGAAUGGCUGUGGGCACCCAGAAGACGGCUAAAUUAUUGGAAGGGAGGUGGUUGGCAAGAGACUUUUCCAUCUGCCACAGACUGUCCAAGGGAGCCAGCUCUGUCCCUUUUCAGAGUUUCAUUUUUCUCAUGUGGGAAAUUGUGGUGAGGUCAUUUCAAGAGGAGGAGGGUAGGUGAUGACAUCAAAUAAUGUGUGCAAAUGAUUGGCAGGAAGCUUGUGAGAAUGAAGGAGGCUGUGAAGUGUGUUUGCCUGGAGGCAGAAGCUAGAUGGGAUAGAGAGACUCUGGAGUACAAGGAAGCUACACAUGGAGAUCUAGUGGCUUCAGGGGGUGAACAGAGAUGGAGAUAGAAGACCCUUCAGCACCCUGACCAGCCUGAAGAGUGAGAGUUUUGUCCUUUUCAGUUCUUAUCUGUGCCUUAUGGACUCAAAGAUGCAUACUUGUGGACAGCUGAACUUGUGUCUGGCUAGAUUGCUGUUCCCGAAUUUGACUUCCUGGAAGCCCCACAUGUAGCCAUAAGAGCCUUUGUUCAAAGCAUCUGUCUGAGUUUCUGUCCAGGUACUGACUGUCCCUUCACAUCCUCCCAGGGUGGAAAACAUUCUCCCUCUUGAAUUCAGCAUGUCACAGCUCUCAGGCUGAGCAGCGUUGGGCAGCGCCCCUCGUCUCCCCAUCACCUCUCCUUGGGACUGGAUGACACUAAACAUCGAGGACAGCUCCCUGAGGGCCACUUCACAGCAUGACCACUUAGCCUCCUGACUGGGAGGCCCCGCCACCCCCCCUGCCCUGUUCUUGCCUCCCCGCCCCAAGUGAUGAGGGAGUAAAAUUUCAGAGCAGUGGGGGGGUGGCAGCAGCAGAGGUGGGGGAAGGGGUGGGUGGGCUGGGGGGGAUCACGUUGGGCACCAGGUUGAAACAUUUUCCCCAAACAGUUCUGCAAAAUGACAAGCCUGUUCCGCAGGAGCAGCAGCAAUGGCGGGUCCCGGGGUGGGGGGAACGCCUCGGCCCAGGAACUCAACAACAGCCGGCCUGCCCGGCAAGUCCGCCGCCUGGAGUUCAACCAGGCGAUGGAGGACUUCAAGACCAUGUUCCCCAACAUGGACUAUGACAUCAUCGAGUGUGUGCUGCGUGCCAAUAAUGGCGCCGUGGAUGCCACCAUUGACCAGUUGCUGCAGAUGAAUCUGGAUGGGAGCAGCUAUGAUGAUAGCUCAGACUCAGACGACAGCAUCCCUCCUGAGAUUUUGGAACGGACUUUGGAACCAGAUAGCUCUGAUGAAGAGCCCCCACCAGUGUAUUCACCUCCUGCCUAUCACAUGCACAUGUUUGACAGGCCUUAUCCCUUGGCUCCCCCUACCCCACCUCCCAGAAUAGAUGUGCCUAGUGCUGGGGUCCCCCCAACUCAGAGGCGCUAUCGCAACUGGAACCCCCCACUUCUGGGCAACCUUCCUGAUGACUUCCUUCGAAUUCUGCCCCAGCAACUGGACAGUUUGCAGAAUGCCCAGAGUGGGCCCCCAAAACCAGGGCUUGGGGAAGCCAGCCAACCCCUGGCUGGAAACCUGGAAGAGGAAUGCCGCUGGAAGCAGUACCUGGAAGAUGAGCGGAUUGCCCUCUUCUUGCAGAAUGAAGAGUUCAUGAAGGAGCUUCAACGGAACCGUGACUUCCUCCUUGCCCUGGAGAGGGAUCGAUUGAAAUAUGAGUCUCAGAAAUCCAAAUCCAGCAGCAUGGCUGUCAGUAAUGACUUUGGUUUUCCAUCCACUGUCACAGGUGAUGCCGCCUUGGGAGCCAGUGAAGCCAAUCCUGCCGUGUCUGAAGAUGCCUUAUUCAGGGACAAGCUGAAGCACAUGGGGAAAUCCACCCGGAGGAAGUUGUUUGAACUUGCCAGGGCCUUCUCUGAGAAGACCAAGAUGAGGAAGACAAAGAGAAAACAGUUGUUGAAGCACCAGUCGCUGGGGACGGCGGCAUCUACAGCUAAUCUCCUGGAUGACAUGGAAGGCCAUGCCUGUGGUGCUGGAGUUCACCAGAGAUGAAACGCCCUAAUGGGGCAGCCAAUAGUGAUGGCCUCUCCUUCGCUGCCCAAGCCUGCUGCAGUAAGCCGGAGGGUGCGUGAGCAUCAAGGCACCGAAUUUCUCCGCCAGAGCACACUCGGCUCCUCCGAAGCCUUGCUCCCAGCCACCCUCUGUCCUUCCCGUCUUGUGCAGGGUUUUGGAACUUUGGUAUUGCCACAUUGUGAUUGGAGCAAGCAUCCGGGGGCCCCCUUGCCAAGGGCAGCAGCCAAUCACAGUUUUCUCCUUUAGCUGUGUUGUUUUAGGGGCAGUGAGAGGAGGGGAGCUCUCCCCUCCCUGGUUUGUUGGGUUUUUUAUGUCUCUCUGUAGCCUCUUGGCGUCCCUUUCCUCCCUCCCGUCAUCCCUCUCCCGAAGGGAGCAGGUCCAGUCAGUGCGAGGGCUGGACACAUAAAGCACAGACCCAGGUUUCUGUAAGGGAAGAACAAAUGGACCCUUUUCUUCCCUCACGUAACCGCCCUCGUCCCUCAGACUAGUCUAGAAUCCACUGAAGGCUCUGAGGCUUCUCCUUCCUGCCCCCCUCUCAGCACCCCACUCCCUUCUUUGCCUGGGCCCCUGGCUGCUGUUUUUCAGGAUGAAGCCCAUCCUCCAUCCUUGUCUCCUCCCCAGAACUCUCUCAGGCACAGGGAUGAAGAAACAGGAUCUGAUGGAAGACCCACACUUGGACUGGGGUAGCAGACAGGCACAGGCAUGCUAUAAUGAUCUGACACAAAGACCCUGGAGCCAACCAGUGGGAGUGCUAUGAGAAAGCCUAGUGGACAGUAGUUUCCUGAGGGUCUUCCUUCAGGAAGGUUGCCACCUCCCAGAGAAAUGGGCCUGGGGCUAGCCCUAGAACUGGAAAGGACCUUCGAGAUCAUCUAAUCCAACCUGAUCAUUUUCCAGAUGAGGAAACUGGGGGCCAGAGAAGUCCAUGGAUUCACAAGCCUUUGGGGGGGGGGCAAAGGUGGGAUUUGAACUCAGAUUCCAUGACUCCAAAUUCAGAAUUCUUCCCAUUAUGCCAGAAGCAGAAAUAGCAUCACCGGGAGAGCGAUCUGCUGUUACAUUGGAGAUUGGUAAUGGUGUGGUCGGGGAUCCUCUGUAAUAGUCUGGAGGCAGGAUGAGGGCAUGCUGGAGCAUUUGCUUCUUUUACUACUCUUGGGGAAUAGAACAGGGGCAAGUUGUCCAUUGGGGAGCCAGUGGAGGCAUAGUGGCAGUACUCUGCUCUAGAUUGAUUACUGGGCUAGACUCCCAAGUUUGGGAUCUCUUGCCAGCCUAUUUGGUGUGGGAAAAGGGAAAGGAAGGGAGAGGACCUCUAGGAGGAAAUCCCAUAGUCCAGUUUGGCUGUGCUGGUGGCCGGGUGAAAGAAAGGAGGGGCUCCUUCCCUCAGGAAAGCACUGGCAUGGAACACCUCUAGGUGCUGAAGGGGGAAGCUUGGUGCCUAUAAGUAGAAGAUGUUAAACCAUGAGACCUUCAGAGCUAGAGAGAACAGUGGGGGAACAACUGGUUUUUUUGUUUUUUUUAAACCCUUUCCUUCUGUCUUGGAAUCAAUACUGUGUGUUGGUUCCAAGGCAGAAGAGUGGUAAGGGCUAGGCAAUGGGGGUUAAGUGACUUGCCCAGGGUCACGCAGCUGGGAAGUGUCUGAGGUCAGAUUUGAACCUAGGACCUCCCAUCUCUAGACCUGGCUCUCCAUCUACUGAGCUACCCAGCUGCCACCUAACAGCUGUUUUUUUUUUUAUGCAGGGUGCAGGGUGAGGGGUGGAGUUGCCCUGGGUAUCACCUGCUCAGUCCCCAAAGCUGGCUGCAGAACAGAAGUGCAGGCUGAGUCCUGUUUGGGGUGGGGAAGAAACCUGUUCUCAAGAGGAAGCUGUGCAGGGGGAUCUACCCAGCCACUCGUUCAAUCACUGGCCUAGGGAGUUCACUCUCUCUGUCUUUUCACAUUAGUAGCUUGGCACAGGGAAGGGGAGAAGCUGAUUUCAGGAAUCAGGAAGCUUGGAAAAGAGAAUUUUUUAGAGGAGGGGCUUCCAGGUUCAGGAAAGCAUCACAUCUCUACUGCCCAGUUUAGGACCUGGACUUCUUAUUGUUAAUGGUGGGAUAGUAAGAGGAAGCUUAUAGCUGAUCUGGGGAAACAUCUCUUAAGAUGAUGAAUUAUUCUUGAAGCAUUUUUCCUUAGUUGGGGGGGGGGGGAGAAAGAGAGAGAGAGAGAGAGAGAGAGAGAGAGAGAGAGAGAGAGAGAGAGAGAGAAAUGAGAGAAUGAGAGAGAAAUGAGAGAAUGAGAAAUAUGAGAGAGAGAAAUGAGAGAAUGAGAAAGAUAAAUGAUAGAAUUAAAGAUGAGAGAAAUGAAAGAAUGAGAGAGGAGAGAGAACUGAGAGAAUGAGAAAUAGAGAGAUGGGAGAAUGAAAAAGAGGAGAGAGAGAUGGGAGAAUGAGAGACAAAUGAGAGAAUGAAAGAUAAGAGAGAAAUGAAAGAAUGAAAGAGAUGAGAGAAUGAGAAAGACCAAUGAGAGAAUGAAAGAUGAGAGAGAAACGAAAGAGAGAGAAUAUCUAUGUGAGUAUGUAGAGCAGCAGGAUUUACAUACUCAUGAUUUCUCCAGCUCCAUUCCCCAAGUUGCUGCACUUUCUUCCCCAGACCCCGGGGGACCCAAAGAAGGAAGGAUUCCACAAUGGGUGGCCCCCCUGGGCAGUGGUUGGGCCUGGAAUGUGCUCAGGUCUGCUGGCUGGCAGGCUCAGACCCUGGAAUGUGCCUGCAGCUACCAGGGGGAGAGGAGCUGCUUAUGAAAUGUAACCAAGUUUGGAAGUGUGUGCAGAGGUUGCUAGGGGUGAAGCUGGAGUGGGGCCACAGGUAACAGAAGGCGUCUUGGCAAGGGAAUGAAUAAUUUACAGCUGAGGAGAAGGCUACCUUUUUUUUCUCCUUUCUCUUUCUCUCCUCCCUUCCUUUUGCUCUUCUCCCUUUCCCUCUUAGCUGCCAAUCUCUCCCACUCACCCAGGUCCCUUGCCCAGCAAAAAGAUCUGUUUGAUUUUGAGGUUCCCCCCAAGGCUUCCCUACCCCUUUGUGCCUUCCUUCUAGCUCUACAUGGAUAAGAAGAAGAAAGCAAAGCUCCCAAGCUACCUGACCCUUUCAUCUAGAGGUGAUCCCCCCCCCAGCCAGAAGGACAGCUCUUUCCUCUUCCCCAAUACCAAUUUGCCACAGACUAGGGGCCCAAGGGAGAUCUGAGGGUCCCCACUCUGGGGGGUCCUGAAACCUGUUAUUCCUCAGAGGCCAGGGAAGGGAUCUGCUUUAGCAAUCAGAUGAUCCAAAACUAAACGGAAAACGUAACACCCACCCUGCCCCAAUCUCUCUUGAUCCUCAGGAGAGAGGGAAGAGAAGGAUGCUGGGAUGGAAGUAGCCAAAGCAAGCUACAUUCAGAGACUCAUUUCUCCUGCAAACGAAAACUUGUUCACUUCCAGCAAAGCUGUGCAGUGUGAGAAUCCAUGAAAGUUCUUUUAAACAAACAAACAAAAAAAACCCCAGCAUUUGGGGAAUUCAUAUGGUGGAAACCCAAUCUUGAGCUUUGUGAGUGUUGGUUGCUAUGUUAGGUUUUGUUUCCACGUGUUGUUGUUGUUGUUUUUUCUUAAAGAUGUUUAAUAGGAAUUCAUAUAAUAAAGUCAUGGUGUACUCUUAA